UGGGCGGAAACUGACUCAAUUCCACGCUGAAUCUCCCGCGAACGCAGCCAUUUACUCUUUUUCUCUUCGUUUCAACGCUGGAGAACAACAUCCACGACACAUUUAUUAACAAUGGCAGAAGGCGAGCCACAGGUCCAGUUCAAGCUUGUGUUGGUUGGCGAUGGAGGAACGGGAAAGACUACUUUCGUCAAAAGACAUUUGACGGGAGAGUUUGAGAAGAAAUAUGUUGCCACUCUGGGAGUGGAGGUGCACCCGCUGGUCUUCCACACUAACAGAGGGGCCAUCAAAUACAACGUGUGGGACACAGCCGGGCAGGAGAAAUUUGGAGGGCUCCGAGACGGCUACUACAUCCAAGCCCAGUGUGCGAUCAUCAUGUUUGACGUCACGUCUCGAGUCACCUACAAGAACGUACCCAACUGGCAUCGUGACCUGGUGCGUGUCUGUGAGAACAUUCCCAUAGUCCUCUGCGGCAACAAGGUGGACAUCAAAGACCGUAAAGUCAAAGCCAAGAGCAUCGUAUUCCAUCGCAAGAAGAACCUCCAGUACUAUGACAUCUCUGCUAAGAGUAAUUACAACUUUGAGAAGCCCUUCCUGUGGCUAGCGCGGAAGCUGAUUGGAGACCCCAACCUGGAGUUUGUGGCCAUGCCCGCCCUCGCCCCCCCAGAGAUCCUCAUGGACCCCUCCCUCGCCGCGCAGUACGAGCACGACCUCAAAGUUGCAUCAGAAACAGCGCUCCCAGAUGAAGAUGAUGACCUUUAACCUGUUACCUAUGACCCCCCCCCCCCCCUACCCCCGCGUGGCAGGAAGUUGUCUGAGUUUGGCCCCUUUACUGUAAAAUCCCGUUGCAGAUUUAUUUUUGAACUCUAUUUUUUUGUUUUGCUUGUGUUUUAAAACGGAAAGAAAUACAAACAUGGUGAAGUCGUGUGGUUCUCUAGUUUCACUGUAAGACACACCGCCCUAGUGUUGGCAUGGCAAUGUUACUCACCAUCAUCAAGCACCACCCUCUGCCCUUCCCCGGCACACACGCUGGGCUAAGGCCGACUGACCGGAAGCACUUGGGGGGGGGGUAAACUUUGAAUAAAAACAUUCUCAAUAUAA